AUGCCAGACAAACCUGCAGAAGAAGAGACUCUGUUGUCGCAGCUAAUGUCUGCAUUGGCUGCUGGGGCUCGAGCUGUACAAGGAUUGCCCCUAGAAGAUGAAUAUGACUAUCAAAUGUCUUAUCCUGAGUUCCGCCAGCUCAUUGAAUCGAAUCAUGAAUCUUUGAUUGAUGUUCUAUUGUUGGCCGUGUCAUCAUCAGCUGGCCUCUCAGACCACUUUCAAGACUAUUUGGGACUGGAAAUCGAUACGCUGGACGACCCUCUACUAUGGGAAGCAUGUGCUGAUAUAUGCGACGGUUUGCUAGAGCAAGCAGAAAACGAUUCUUCCUCUAGUUCGAUGGCCCAGGAUAUUUUGAAUGCACGCAAUCAAGCACAGACCUCCUUUGGACGCUUGCUGCACGGUAUCGUUGAUAUGGACAAGCCACAAGAUGUCUUCAAGUUUUCUACUAACUUAAUUGGUCGCAAUGAACCGUUCAUCCCCCCAAUCACAAAGAAACAUCAUGCUGUCAAACCCUUGGAUUUGACACUUCAUCCUGGACACGGUUUAGAAGACCGCUUUGGGGAUCUCCGAAGUCGACCAGUUUUACUGGACAAGACCAUGAUUGCCCCUUCCUCGCACGUCCCCCACUGUUAUCAGGCAGAAUUGGAAGCCCUCAAGUACACCCAGUCGCAGUUAGAAGCACCUCAAUCAAAGCCAUCGCGAAUUCAAAAGCCAAAGGGUCCAUUGGAAGCAACUUGGAUUGAUACCGCUCGAGCGUUGAAAGACUUGGCAAAGAAGAUCGAAUCUGAAGGUGUUCGUGAGAUUGCUCUGGACCUGGAGGCGCAUUCUUAUCGAAGCUUUGACGGCAUGAUCUGCCUGAUUCAAAUCACAUUCAACAAGGAAAACUAUCUCAUUGACCCAUUUCCAAUAUGGAAACAUAUAUCAGAGGCUCUUGGUCCAAUCCUCGCCAACCCUAAGAUAGUAAAGGUUCUGCAUGGUGCAGACUCAGAUGUGCAAUGGCUGCAACGCGACUUUGGAAUAUAUAUUGUCAACCUAUUUGAUACUGGGCGAGCGGCACGAGCAUUGCACAUGCAGUCUGCUGGAUACGCGCAUCUUUUGCACCACUACGUCGGUAUUGUGGCGGAUAAAUCUCACCAGCUGUCAGACUGGAGACAAAGGCCGCUACCAAAAGCCAUGAAGGAAUAUGCUAUCAUGGACACUCACUUUCUUCUGGACAUCUACCACCAGUUGAAGUACGAUUUGAGUCAACAUGCCACUGCUUCAAUCGAACAGGUUUUGGGUGAAAGUAUGAAAGUGUGCAUGAUUCGAUACGCACCAGAACCAUUUAAACCAAACGGCUACAAGUCUAUCAUGGGCAGAGGAAGACGACGACGGGGGACCGGGCGAUCAACGUCGAAAACAGAACUCAAUGACACUCAGGAACAAGUUCUCAAGGCGUUAUGGGACUGGAGAGACCAAAUUGCACGACAGGCAGAUGAAUCGCACGCAUACGUCUGCACAAAUGCAGCUCUCUUGCGACUAGCACUUUCGCGUCCGUCGACCUUGACUGCUUUGCAAGGACUGUUGCAGCCAAUUCCACCACUGUUGCUUCGGAACGCAAAGGAAGUGCUCGAUCUGAUCCAGUCUUGCCAGUCGCAACCUACAAAGUCGCAAUCCCUAUCAUCUGCGUUUUUCAAGCCUGCAACCGCAGACGAUGAUGAUUCAUCUCUCACCAACCGCGUGUUACGAAGCCCUGUCUUGGGAACAGAAGCUCUCUAUCGUCAAGCAGGAUGGAUCUCACCAAGUCUUUGUGGCCCGUCAAAGAAUGAGAUGGAGGUAGAAGAUAUUGUGACCAGUGCAACGGAUGACGAUAAUGUCAACGAUGGCUCGGACCAGCAACAGAUUAAACCUCGAAGGCUGUUGGCAGUUCAUGAGUCCAAUCAAUCCUUUCAAUCACGGCAAUUCACUGCUCACAGUUUAAAGCUUGGCACGUCUUCAUCAAACCAGAACCACAACGACGGUCGCGGCGGAGUGGAUGGCUUAGGAUCGGCACGAGCAGCCAAUGCACAAAAUUUCGAAGAAGAGGCCCACUUGGCUCAAAUAAAUGCUGAUGCAAUUCGCAGAACCCAAGAGAAUCACGUCAAGAUGAUUGGACUAGUCUCGCCAACUUCAGACAUUGAGGAACACGCUGUCGAGAGAAUCAACCGGGAGGAUACCACCGAAAAGCCUGAGGAAGACGAACCUGCCAUUCCUCGAUCCAUGAAAGAGAUUUAUCAAAUAUCCAACCGUAAUCGGCGGGCGAAGAAGACCCCUUCACUCCGAGAGGUUCAAAAUAAGAAAGAAACCAGUGAAUUGGAGAAAGCCGAGGCGCUUCUGAAAGAACGCGGCAUGGAGGGAUACUUUGAUAAUCUUCCUGGAACACCAAAACGACAAAGAACCAAGUCGACUGGAAACUCGUCAUCGUCUUCAGUUUCUGAGGACGCCCCAAAUGAUGCCCAAAAUGCAUCACGGGAUGAUGACAUUGCUUUCAUGAAGGAUAUUGGCUGGAUCAAGGACAAGCCGGGAGGCAGUAGCACGAUUGUGGAUACGAAAAAUGAUCCGCAGGAAGGCAAUUCAUCGACUGUCGACGAGCCCAUGAAGGAUGCUGCACCGAAGCCUUACGACUACUCCAAGAUUGGUCAAAUCGGCGCCUUCAGCGCCACACCUGGUGCCAAUCCGUUCUUCCAGGGUGUUGCUGUUGCAGGGGGUCAUUUGAACCAGCAGUUUGGGAAGACGCCGAGCCGCAACAAGAAACAAAGCAAUGGGAAUGCUAGGGGGAAGCAAUCAUCUCGGCGGCAAACAGAGCGGCCAGAACGGGGAGAGGCUCGUGCACAAGUAUAUAAGAAGCGAUAA